CGGCGGCAGCGAGGCUAGCGAGCGCCCUUUGACCCGGCUUAUCAGUGCCGAUAAGCCUGGGAUAUCCUAGAUGUUCAGGAUAGCCUAGGACGGACAUUCGAGUCGUGGAUCCCGGACAGUGAGGAUCGUGUGGUGUCUUGUGGACGACUAGGAGACGACGGGUGUACGGUGUACGUAGAGAGGAGUGUACGUGACGGUUGGUGUCCUGUGCCUGUGGAGACGGCUGGCGUACGUUGGUGGUACAUCGGAGUGUGGUGAUACCGGUGAACAGUGUCGGCAUUCAAGUUGGGUAGUGAGACAGUGACCCACUUGGGAGGAUGGGUAAGAAGCAGCGGAGUGAAGAAGAAGGCUACGGCAAUGACAGUCGUCCGUGGCUGCUCGGACUGCGGCCUGAGGAACCUUUCAUGACGUCCAGCACAACCAAAGAUACAUUUACAGGAGAUCGGCCUUCCGCACCUAGUGGAGAAGGUAUUCGAAAACAGAUGCUAAAGAAGGAGCUUUGGGACCAGGCCAAGAAACAGAUCUUGGAGGAACUAUCAAAACCAGACACCAACGAGCAGCCGACGACAACUUACAGCGGAACCUUCGUAAAGGAAGGAUUUAAAGCUGAGCCUAUCAAGACUGCUCCAGAGUUGCACCAGAAAUACCCCCUCUACCUAGACCAGGGAGUGAGUGUAUGGAGGGAGAAGCUGCCCUCCCUACCUGGCGCCACACGGUCGCCCCACCCUAGACAUCAGUUCCGCAGAUACGCUGGGUUCACCACACCGAUAGACAAACUGCUUUACGACCCAGCUGACAUUCAUUGAUUCCUUUUAAAACUAAUAUCAAAAAAUGUUAAAUCUCGGUAAAAUUUGAAUUUUAUAUAUCUCUUAUGAAUUGAAUGCUACAUUCGUAAUAUUGAUGUAUAUGUUUGU